AUGGCUUCUGUUCCCGCCCGCAGGACCAUGGAGGUGGCCCUGCAGGAAAGGCCGCCGCCCCGGCUCCGCGAGCCUUUGCGCCGCCGCCCCGACCUCCCUGCCCGGGCCUCGCCUCUGAUCCUGCUGCUGCUGAUGCUUGUCUUCCCGGAGCUGCUCAGCGCUCAGGAGAAUCUAACAUCACCAGUGACUGUGAAACAACCCUCAAAUACCGUGGAAGCUGUGUUAUCAAAUGGCCUGCCAUCUGCUAACCACACCAAACUUAGUGUUUCCAACACCAGUGCCCCAGCCCUUGUGCCCUCUUCAGAAAGAAAUGAAGUGACCACAUCUGUAGUCUCUCCAUCACCUACUACCAUGCCCCAAAUGGAAGCUGAUAUUACUGAAGAUACUAGAAUAGAGGAAGAGGAACUUCUUACACUGAACAGUUCUCCGUCUGUGGGCAAGGAUGCUUUGGACAAUGGGGAUUAUGGAGAACAAGACUAUGACUGGACUCCCAAUACCAGAGAUGAUACUGAUGAGCAAAUGCAAGAAAAUACAGGUUAUGCAGGAUUUGAACAGACUGUUAAUCUGAACAAUUUUCAUGAGUCAAAAUCUUUUAAGUCUCCAUCAUCAAAUAUAGAAGAGGAAGACAGCCAUUUCUUUUUUCAUCUCAUUAUUUUUGCUCUUUUGAUUGCCAUUGUUUAUAUCACAUAUCAUAACAAAAGAAAGAUCUUCCUAAUGGUUCAGAGCAGAAAAUGGCGUGAUGGUCUUUGCUCCAAAACUGUGGAAUAUCAUCGACUAGAUCAGAAUGUUAAUGAAGCAAUGCCUUCUCUGAAGAUUACUAAUGAUUAUAUAUUUUGAAAGUACUGUGAUCUGAGGUUACUUAUUUAGUCAUUUUCUUUGUCUGACUUUUUAUAUCAUAUUAUGCAGAUAUUUGCCAUAAACAGUUGGUACGUAAUUGAGAGGUUGACCUCUCAUUUUGUCAUGGUAAUUUGGAGAUAAGGGAUGAGUAUAAUUUUUAUCUUUAUUAUUAUCUUUAUUAUUUUUUCAGCUGAAUUCAGAUCUGAUACUGAAAAUGUGGAGCUAGAUAUUAUCUUGUGUACCCUGUUUUUUAAGGUUUAUUUAUCUUGUAUCCUCUGAAAGUGUCAGUGAAGCUAGUUUUUAAGUCCCUCAGAAUAUUUAUGUAAAUUUUAAAUAGUAUGGCAUUGCUGCAGUAGUCUCUUUGGUAGCCAAAUAUUGAGUUUUUUUUUAAAGCACAAAUUUCUUUGUGCUAUCAAACUAAUAUAAGUGAACAUAGCAGAUAUAAUGCCUUGCAUUUAAAUAGAACUUUUCUUCAGGAAAAGUACUUUAGAUAUUUUUUAGAAGACUUCUUCAAUACUCUUAGGCAAUUGGGAGUGCUCAAGUAGGCCAAAAUUUCAAGUUAAUGAUGCACCAAAUAUAUUGAAAUUUCUGGUGUGACAGACUUUAUGAUUGCAAUUUCUUCACUUAAGUGUUAAGGAAAUGUAAUUUAUCCUUUGUGUUAUUGAAUUAAACCUAGAAUUAGAAGUUUGAGUCAGAUGUAAAAUAUAAGAGGUACCAAAUGAUUAGAAGUCAUUGACUUCUUCAGGGUUCCAAGGUUGAUAGUUCAGUGGCAAGGAAUGGAUUACCAUGAAAAAUGUACUUAUUAGAUGGUUAUUUUAUAAUAAGAUUAAGGUGGGAGAUAGGAUAAAUUUUAAGGCAUAUUGUAUUAGACUGUAUCUACCCACGUCUAUCAUAUUCAAAUUAUACCUGAAUUAAAUCACAUAGAUUUUUGUGGGUACACUGCCUUUUUUUUUUUUUUUUUUUAGUUUGUCAUCUUGUUCACAGAUACAGAAAAUGACUGAUUUUCUUUUUGUGUACCUUUUAGUGAUGGUCAGAAUUGAUCACUAUGUAAAGAGAAGUGAUUUGAACUGAAGUGACUCAUAAGAAUCAUUGUAUGAUUUUUUUGGGGGGAAGAUGUCCUCAGAUAUAUUUUAAAUUUAUUAAGCAUAGAAAUAAUCAGUGGGAUCUCUUAUCUACUCAGAUGAAGCAGUUCAGCUUACUUCCUUCAGUUGAACACUUUACUCUCCUAGUACUGAGAAAGUGAAGCACAGAUGUCAUAUAUCAGAACUAUUUUCUUGCAGCAAUUUUUAUCAUAUUUGAACUUGCAUCAUUUAAUAUUUUGAAUUUUUUAAAAUAAAUAACAAGAAUUUCUAUGAUGUCACAGUAACUUGUGUCAUGUAUAGCAUUUCAGCAUGUAGUUAUGUUGCUGUUAGGAAGCAAUAAUUUAGUUUCACAUAACCAGGUCAGAUAACUUUAUAAAACACUUUACUGUUAAUCAGACUUUGUAAAGUGUGCUAACCAGUAAAUUAAACUCCUAAAUACUAUUAGUCAUAGUGUCUCAGAUAAUCUGGAGAAAAACAACAGCUCAGUGACUUGGCUUCAGACUGAGUUUAUUACAGAGUAUUUUAUUCUGUCUAAUAGUAGCAGGUAUUUGACCUGCUAAAUGAGUUUGUUGCUAUUGCUUCAGACUCUGACUUGGUUCUUUGUGGGGAAGUGUCUGUAAGUCAGUGUAGGAAUUUCUGCUUCUCAACUUCAUAGUUUCUUCGGCACAAAGCAGGGGGCCAUUCCUGCUUGACUUCUCAGGUCCCUUUUUUUCAGCCCAGGAACACACGUGAUAACUGAGCCAAAUAUAAGUUAAAAGGAAAGCAAAAAGUUCUAAGUAGAGUCUACAAGUUUCAUUAAAUGAAGAGUAUCAGAUAGUCAAUAAAUAUCCCUGAAGUGGGGUGAGAUGGGAAGAAAGGAAGAGCAAACUGACAUGAAAAGAAGCACUCUGCAGCUACUUAGUUAAUCUUUAUUGAAUUGAAUUGAGGCUGUCAAAAUUGGUACAUUUCUACUAGACCAUUACAUGGAGCAAAACAUGUACUAUAUAUUGUGGCAUAUAAGCCCACCAAUCUGUCCCGUAUAUUAUGAAUUAAUGGCAGUUCUUAAGUUAGAAAUGAGCACUCAAAUCUAUCUUGACCAUAUAAGUUACUAUUCCUCCCCUUUCCAGUUCCUCCUCUGUCCUCAUUUGCAGGCCCAGAUCAGGUGCCUGCCUGAGAAGGUUUACAAAGAAGACCUAAGGAAAAAACAGCUGUCCAGCAGAAAGUGAAGCAGAUAUCAGAGGAAGUGCUGAAAUCAUUGAGUAGUGGUGCUGAGAGGCAUGGUGUAUCAACAGUGCAAAUAAAAUUCUAGUUUUGUUAUAA